CCGGGGCGACACCCAGCUCGGCCGCGGUUCCGCCCAGUCCGGCCCGCCGCGCGCAGCCUUCGCCGCCAUGUCCGCCGGGGCCAGCGUGAGCGCCCUGCAGCGCCUGGUGGAGCAGCUCAAGCUGGAGGCCGGCGUGGAAAGAAUCAAGGUCUCGCAGGCAGCCGCGGAGCUCCAGCAGUACUGCAUGCAGAAUGCCUGCAAGGAUGCCCUGCUGCUCGGCGUGCCAGCCGGGAGCAAUCCCUUCCGGGAGCCCAGGUCCUGUGCUUUACUCUGAAGACUGGGAAGGAGUUCUGGGAAGCACACGGGGAGAAUGACCGCCCACGUCGCAAGAAGACAGUUUCCACAGCCAAAUCCCAUUCUCUGUUGCCUGGUCCUAGAGCCAAACUCUACAGAAAUCCAUUUUUGUAACCCUCAUCUCCAAAUUUACUGAGUUGCAUCUCUCACCCCAUAGAACCUGUGUUGCUCCGCCGGGGAUACGGGGAUGUCCUACUUACUGGGGGUUUGCAUUUUAGAAGGGAGACGUUUUGUUUUCAAAAACUGAGAUUUGUAAUUUUCCUAACAUUUUUAUACUCUAAUAAAAUUUGUUCAUAAGAAUUUACUAUUACUAAAUGAAGACAAAGUAUAAAAUUGGGGGAAUAAUUGAUAUCUUGAUUUUUUUU